UUCUCAUGGGAAUUGGAUCCUGCUUUGAAUGGAGACAGGCAUUACAAUGUUUUUACCCCUGAACUUUAUCCCAGCUUAGAAGAUAUUAUGGGAAUUGUUACUUCAGGGAUUGAUGAAGAUAUAGAUUCAGCAGUGUUAUUUGGAACUUUGCGAGGAAGUGUGGUUGGUUUACGAUAUUAUGAUGGUGUGGUCAAUAAUGAUGAAAUGGUGGCUCUUCAGCGAGAACCUAAUAAUCCAUAUGAUAAGAAUGCUGUAAAAGUAAACAAUAUGAAUGGUGAUCAAGUAGGCCACAUAAAAAAAGAACUGGCAGCUUGCUUGGCUUAUAUCAUGGACAACAAAUUGGCUGUUGUGGAAGGGGUUGUUCCUCAUGGAGCAGAUAAUGCUUUCACUAUGCCGGUGCAAUUGAGCUUUUGGGGAAAAGAAGAAAAUAAGCAAGUGCUUCUAGAAAGACUAAAAAUGCAUGGAUUAAAGUUAGCACCUCCAGGAAAAUUUUCAGGGUUUGGUUUUGAGACUGGCAGGACAUCUGGCAGAGGUAGAACACGUUACAAUGCUCCAAGCCAUGGUGCUAUCCAAAUGACAACUGAACAGCUUAAAACCGAAUUUGACAAACUUUUUGAAGACUUGAAAGAAGAUAAUAAGACCUGUGAAAUGGAAGCAGCAAAGGCUGUUUUGACUCCUUUACUGCCACACCAGAAGCAAGCUUUAGCUUGGAUGAUUUUGCGAGAAAACAAUAACGAUCUUCCUCCAUUUUGGGAAGAACGAAAUAACUUCUUCUACAAUACAAUUAUACAUUUUGCUGAAAGAAAUAGACCAGAAAACGUGCUCGGAGGAAUAUUGGCAGAUGAUAUGGGACUGGGCAAAACACUUACUAUGAUUGCAGUAAUUCUUACCAACUUCCAUAAUGGGAAGCCUCUUCCUCUUGAAAAGAAAAUAAAUCAAAUGGAAAAGAAACAUAUUCCUACUGCACAAAAGAACUUACAAGCACCCAAUUGUGGCUUGCAGCUGAAUGCUUCCAAUUCAAAAGAGGAAAGUGACUCUCUUCCCUCACAAUCUUCCAGGUCCUAUCCAAAAAGAGUUAUGGGCAAGAAAUCAAAGUGCACAAUAAGCAGUGACACAGAAAAUGAGCAGGAAGUUGCAGACCAAAUAAAAACUAAAGGGAAAAAAACAAAUUUAAGAGCAAGGAAAAGAAAACUAGAUGAUGUUCCUGUACAGCCAAAGAAAAAUGAAGUUGAUAAUGUUAGAGGAACGCUGAUCAUUUGUCCUGUUUCUGUCCUAAGUAACUGGAUUGACCAACUUGAACAACAUGUUGAUCCAAAUAUUCAGUUGAAUACUUAUGUUUACUAUGGCUCGGAACGGAACAAAGAUCUGAAAGUACUUUCCAAGCAGGAUAUUGUCUUAACAACAUACAAUGUUUUAGCUACUGACUAUGGGACCAGAGAUAACAGUCCUUUACAUAAAUUAAAAUGGCUGAGAAUUGUGUUGGAUGAAGGUCAUACAAUACGAAAUCCAAAUGCUCAACAGACAAAAGCUGUUUUAGAUCUGAAUGCACAAAGAAGAUGGAUCUUGACAGGCACACCUAUUCAGAAUUCUUUAAAGGACUUGUGGUCUCUCCUUUCCUUCUUAAAGUUGAAGCCUUUUACAGACAGAUUGUGGUGGCAGAGAACAAUCCAGCGGCCUGUCACUAUGGGAGAUGAAAGAGGGCUUAAGCGUUUACAAUCUCUAAUUAAGAGCAUUACUCUUCGAAGAACUAAAACAAGCAAAGUUAAUGGGAAGCCAGUUUUGAAGCUCCCAGAACGUAAAGUAUUUAUUCAGCAUAUUACACUUACAGAUGAAGAGAAUGCCAUCUAUCACUCUGUGAAAAACGAGACUAAAGCUGCUAUAAGCAGGUAUUUUGCUGAGGGAAGCGUUUUGGCCCACUAUGCAGAUGUUCUUGGUGCUUUGCUCAGAUUGAGACAAUUGUGCUGUCACCCAUCUCUCUGCUCCAGUGUCUCUCAAUCCAGUUCUCUAGAGAGUACUUCUGAAGAAUUCCGUGACAUAUUAAUACAGAAGAUGAAGUUAGUUCUAAGCUCUGGAUCAGAUGAAGAAUGUGCUAUUUGCUUGGAUUCGCUGGCUACUCCGAUAAUAACACACUGUGCCCAUGUGUUCUGUAAGACCUGCAUUUGUGAAGUCAUCCAAAGAGAAAAGGCAAAUGCAAGAUGUCCUCUUUGUAGAAAUAAAGUUUCAUCAGAACAUUUAAUAGAAUGCCAUUUGGAAGAAACUCAUGAUGAAAAACAUACUAAACAGCAAUGGGCAUCUAGUUCAAAGGUCAAUGCAUUGAUGCAUGCUUUGAUUGAGCUAAGAAAACAAAAUCCAGCUAUUAAGAGUUUAAUUGUUUCACAGUUCACAAAAUUUCUGUCUGUAAUAGAAACUCCACUAAAGGAAUCUGGAUUUGUCUUCGUCCGUUUUGAUGGGUCUAUGAACCAGAAACAAAGAGUAGAAGCAAUUCAGCAGUUCCAAAACAGUGAAACUGGGUCUCCAACUGUAAUGUUGUUAUCAUUGAAAGCGGGUGGAGUUGGUUUGAAUCUGACAGCAGCUUCCCGGGUAUUUUUAAUGGAUCCUGCUUGGAAUCCUGCUGCGGAGGAUCAGUGCUUUGACAGAUGUCAUAGACUUGGGCAGAAACAGGAUGUUAUCAUCACCAAGUUUAUUGUAAAGAAUUCUGUUGAAGAAAAUAUGCUUAAGAUCCAGAACAAGAAGAGAGAACUUGCAGCUGGAGCCUUUGGAACCAAAAAAUCUUCUACUGGUGAAACAAAAAUGAAUGAAAUCAGGACUCUGAUGGAUAUGUAAUUUAAAAUAUUGGAACAAAUUCAGCUUUAAAAAUAAGUUGAUGUUAUAUGUUCAGACAACUUAAUAUUGGAAAAUAAUCUUUCUAAUAACUGCAAGGUAUUUUUGCAAAUAGCAAAUAAGGAAUCAUUAAUAUACGUACUCAUUAGUAUACGUACUCAUAUUGGGCAAAUGGUCCAGAGAAGUAACAAACUUUAGUGUAGUAAACUCAAGUCUAUAUGUUCAGUUUCUAUAUUAAGAGCAAUGCUUAAUUACAGUUGAAUGUAUACAAUAUUUUGUUAAAUGAUGUUUUAGAUAUUUUUUUAUGUGAACACCUGAGUUGUAUUUUUUUUUUUUUGGCUUGGAUUGUAUCUACAUUUGUUGCAAGUUAACUUGUAACUUAUGUAAGUUUUGCACACUGGAGUUAAUGUUACUAUGUAUUAUGUUUUGUAUUCACUGUAUAUUAGCAACUAAAUAGAAUAAGUUUUACAAAUGUAUAUUGGAAAAAAAUGAAGAAAAGUGCAUAUGCCAGCAAUGGCAUUCCUGUCAGUUUUGUCCCAUGUUUUCCCGUUAGAAGAUCUGAAUAGGGAUUCAAAAUGUGUUCAAAUGAAUGCACUUAUGUAAAAUAUCAGGCCUAUAAACUUCCUUUAUGCCUGCAUUUGGUUUGUGUUUAUUGAAAAAUAAGAAAUCGUUUAAACUGUUUUUCUGCUAUCAAUAGUAAUGUAAAACUAUUGUGUAUUUCUAGUUUGAUUUCUAGGCAAAUAAAAUUUUUAUCAAGA